AUGUCGAUUCAUUUCAAGUUCAAGUCGGCCAAGGAAUUUGAUACCGUGACGUUUCCAGGCGCUGUCAUUCGUGUUUUAGACCUGAAAAAAGCUAUUGUCGAGAAGAAGAAAUUAGCUAAAGGACUGGACUUUGAUCUCGUAAUCACUGACGCUCAGAACGGCAAAAUUUAUGACGAUGAGAACACGCAAUUGCCUCGAAAUACAAGCGUCACCGUGAAACGUAUUCCUAGCAAACAACCAGGUAGUGGAUUACUUGCUCGUAUGAAGCAUGAAGCGGCUAUUGCUGCAGCCACUGCAGCAGCUGCAGCAAUUCAAAUGUCACCACCAGUCGCAGCAAUGGUCGGUCCAUCGCCAGUAGGACCUACCCCAACUUUGCCAAUGGCUACACUUUCGUUGAAUACGGACAAUGUAGCUGCAGGUGCACAGACAAUGGAAGAUGAAAUGGCUGCAUUGCAGUCUAUUCAUGAACAAGCAGAAGAUAUACGUGGAUCCAGAUUAGGAAAUAAGACAUGGACAGCUUCCAGUGGCAGCAACGCCAAUAAUGUAAUGAACUACUACUCGGCCAAUGGACCAAGUGGAGAAGGGACAAGCGGACGAGGAAAUGGAGGUGCUGGCGGACGAGGAUUUGGCCGAGGCGGACGCGGUGGAGACUUUGGCGGUCGAGGAGGAGUGACGAGUGGAAGAGGCGGAGGACGUGGCACAGGACCUGGAGCCUCUGGUGGUCCCAACUUGUUAGGCGACCCGCCGUCCAACUAUGUGUGCUAUCGAUGUGGCACGCCCGGCCAUUACAUCCAAAAUUGCCCUACGAAUGGGGAUCCGGAGUUUGACCAGCACCGUGUGAAAAAGAAAACUGGCAUUCCCAAGUCUUUCAUGAAGGCCGUGAACGAUCCUAGCGAAAUUCCCGUAGGUGCGGGCAAAACGGUAGUGAAUGCGCCAUGGGGCGGGCUAGCUGUGAUAGAACCACAGAAUAAAAACUUCUCUAAAUUAAUGGCCCGGUCGGGCGGCUCGGCCACCUUGGAUCAAUUCAUCUCGAAUCCACCCGAGCAUUUGGCAUGUCCCCUUUGCAGACGGCUCAUGAACGACGCUGUGCUUAUUCCGUGCUGCCAAGAGUCCACAUGUGAUGAGUGCCUUCGCAGUGCGCUGAUUGAGCACAAGCUUACAUGUCCGUUGUGCAACACAAACAACAUGUCGCCUGAGAAGCUACUGCCGAACAAAGUGCUACGUACUUCAGUGGACGAGUUUUUGAGGCGUGCACGUACCGAGCAACAAGAGCGGGAACAGUUAGUUAAGGAAGCUGAGGAGAAGGCGCUGGCUAAACAGAAAGCCGCAGAACAAACUGCAAACUCAGGUGCGCGUCGCUCUGGCGACAGUGCAGAUGCUACUCUGGAAAUCAAGAAGGGUAAGAAAGGUGACGGUGAGGAAGAAGAAGAGGAUGAGUUUGGUGGCGACAUUUUUGGCGAUGGGGACGAGAACGAAGAUGCUUCUUCACCGCAAAAAUCAGCUACGCCUUUGUCAGUGUCUCCCCCACAGCCUCUGCAUCCUCCCCCACUUCCUAAAGACGAUAAGGUUGCAGCUAAAGUGGGCGAAGUUACCGAUGGCCCGUCGCGGCAGACAAGCGAUGCGUCGUCUAAUGGUGGUGGCCAAUCAACCGAAAACGUAGACAAGAGCUCACCCAGCCUAGGACCGCAAGGCUUGCCUUCUAGUCAAGGGCCUCCUGUUCACAAAAUGCCGUGGGGCCCCGACGGCCCUCGUGGUCCCCCAUUGGGCUUCAAUGCUCCCCAUGGUCCGUGGUUUGAUGGACCUCCCCGUGGGCAACCUAGACCAUGGUUUGAUGGUCCGCCUGGACCGUGGUUUGAUGGUCCAUUCCCAGGGCCUGGUGGGCCCCGUGGCGCCAUGAAGGGUGGUCGCGGUGGUGGCCGAGGCCGCGGGGGCCGUGGAAUGCCGCCUGCGGGAUACUUUGGUGGUCCUGGGCCCGAUUACUUUGGGCCUCCACCUGGACACCCAGACUACUUUGGACCUCCACCGCCGUGGUUUGAUGGACCGAUGCCGCCAUUUGGAGGCCGUGGAGGAGAUCGCUGGUCUCGUGGUGGUCGCGAUGAUGACCGACGCCGCGACCGCUCUACUUCUCGUGACAGGGAUCGGUCACGUACACGGGGCCGCUCGACUGGCCGUGAUGGAACGAGUGAGCGCGAUCAUCGCGGUGGUGACGGGAAGGAUCAACAGGGAUCGCGUCGCGGUGACGGGAAGGAAUCGCGAGGAGCACGCAGCGGUAACCGAGAACGCAGCAAGCGUAGUCGGAGCCGUAGUCGCAAGGCGGCACGUAGCCGUAGCAAUUCUCGCUCUAGGCACGACAAAAAGACUCGUGAACAUGCAAGCUCCUCGCGUGCAUCUUCCUCUCGCCGGUCACGCAGUACAAGUCGCAACCGCCAUCAUCGCGAGCACAAAAGCGGCAGCAGUCGCGAUGACAUUAAUAGAGACUCCAAUAAGGACGUAACCAAAAACACCAACAAAGUCGCAAACAGAGGUACCCAUAAGGACGCCAGCAAAGACGCCAGGAAGGAGGACGCCAGCAAGGACUUCAGGAAGGAGGACGCCGGCAAGGACGUCAGGAAGGACUAUAACAGGGACACCACGAGGGACUCUAACAAGGACACCACGAGGGACUCUAACAAGGACACUAGGAAGGACUCUAACAAGGACACCAGGAAGGACUCUAACAAGGACACCAGGAAGGACUCUAACAAAGACGCUAGAAAGGACUCUAACAAGGAUGCUAGGAAGGACUCUAACAAGGAUGCUAGGAAGGACUCUAACAAGGAUGCUAGGAAGGACUCUUACAAGAAUGCUAAGAAGGACUUUAACAAGGACUCCAGCAGAGACUCUAGUGAUAAGGACAGGAUGCCAAAAGAAGAGAAGAAGAAACAAGAAAGCACGGUUAAGGACGUCAAGCUGGAUCAGGUUGCGGCGCCUGCUAUUGACCUUGACUUUUUGGCUGAACCGAUGGAUGACGAUAUGCUAAGUGACAAUGAGACUCCCCGCUCGACGACUCCUAUAACGCUGGGCCGUAAGAAAAGUGAUGAAAGUAUGACACGCAAAGAUUCCAAGACUAAUGAUGAUAAGAGAUCUUGUGGUGGUGGCUCAGAUGAAAAAAAAGGUGAUGGUCGCAAUGACAGCCGCUCCUCGUCUCGAAAGCAUGACACAGCUCUUAGUCGCACCGAUCGCGAACGCGAUCGCGAUCGUGGCUCGACGUCAAAAAAACGAGAGGGUUCCUCAUCUCGAAGUCGUCGUAGUCGCUCGCGCUCGCAUUCCCGUCGUGGGUCAUCUCGAGAAUCGUCUCGGCGACGUACGGAGUCAUCGAGGAAGCGCGGAGAGGACAAGAGUUCAUCCUUAUCUCGUGCGAAAGAUCGCAGUAACGGUGGAAACCGCGACCGUGAUGAAGACAGAGGCAACCGCGACCGAGGCAAUCGCGAUCGAGGACGUGAUCGCGACCGUAUUCGUGACCGCGAUCGCGAUCGUAUGUGUGAAAAAGACCGACCCCGUGAUCGCGAGAAAACCCAAGAUCGAGAACGGGAUCGUCCUCGUGACCGCAAAGAACGUGAAGGAAAGCGUAAACGCGAUGCUGCAAACGACGACACGACCGUCGGGGGUGAUCGGAAACGACGUCGCAGUGCUGAGAAGGAACGCGAGCGUCGUAGCGAGAAAAGCUCGGGUGGCGGAGGCAGUGGACGCGUAGUUACGACAACGCCCGGAUCUUCUCGUGGCUCACGCGGUGGUAGAAAUCGUCGUCGUGGAGGUGGCGGUGGUGGUGGCGGCGGCGGUGGUGGUGGUGGCGCUGCAAGUGGUGAUGGUGAUAAGCGACGGAUUGAGGUGGAGGGCGAAAGAAGAAGUGGUGGAAAUGACCGAAAGAAGCCCUCUCGAAAGAAAAGCGAUGAUCGUGGAGGCAAGGGAUCCGGCGAGCCGCAGGCCAAAAAGCGAUCGGUUUUGGAACGACUUGGACCCAAGCUUUAA